AUGUUUGGAUUGAAGGUACCUAAGGUCUACAACGUAUACUUUGUAGCCUUGAUUGCUGCCGUGGGCGGUAUGCUUAUCUCUUCCAUGUCAGCAGCCGCCAGGACAGAGCAGCACCCGACCUAUUUUGACAACCCCGUCGACACCUGCCAGGGGACAAUUGGAUCCGCCCUUGCAGCCAGCUCUGUCAUCGGCUCCUUCGCAUCGGGGUCCCCUGUGUAUCUGGCCGAGAUUUCCAAGCAUGACAAGCGUGGGUCAAUCAUGCUCACCCAGCAGAUUGCCAUUGACAUCGGGUUCACCAUCUACUUCCUGUGUCUGCGUGAGAAAAGGACCGCAGAGUUGCAGGGCAGAGGCGGAAAACUUACAACUCAGAGUGAUCCUUAUUCUCUCGCUAUUGAACCCCAGUAG